AUGCUCGCCUCAGCCUUGAAAGUCAAAGGUUUGCUCUAUGAACUCUUCAUCAAUGACUUAAACUCUGGAUAUUGGCUUCACACAACGCUGCAUUCUCGUUCCAAAGUCUUCCCAACCACCAGCCUGACCCCUAAAUUUGUUCAUGGAAUUCAGCUACCAACCACCCCCAUGGGGAUUUUACGUCCAAACUCUCAAGGAAUGCCCCACCGAUUCAUUUCAUUGAGCUCCCGCCCUUUCAUGCCAUGGCUAGUUUCUAUAUCGAAUCUAUUUUUCUCACUCCUUGCCUUGCUCGCUCUCGGGAGUAAUCUGGCCUUCCGAACCCUUCCGUUAAUCACAGAAUGCGAAGCAUACACUUCUUCGCCAAAGUAUAUUGGCCAUCUGCUAAAUGUACGGCGCCACAAGAACCUCGCUCCCCCAAUUGGCGCAAGGCACAGCUGGAGAUUCUUGAACCUCCUCCCAGAGGUCCAAGUCCUCUUCUGCACGCCCAAACAUAAGGCUAGCUUCCAUUUCCGGAGUCCCGCAGUCAGCCUUUUGGAGGUCCAAGUCCUCUUCUGCACGCCCAAACACAAGGUUAACUUCCAUUUCCAGAGUCUCUUCUCAGAGCUGGCUGGGGCCCUAAAGAGCUGGACCGACACAUCGACUUCAAAACACUGGACCUUAGUCAUAUUCCUUCUCAUCCCCUACACUCUCAAGAUAUUCCUGCUACUUGUAGUGGCUCCCCCCUUAUCAUACCCCGUACCAAACUCGGAUCUCAGCUAUGGUUCUACAAGAAGUGAUCAUAGCUCGCAAGAUGGCCGCAUCCUAACGAAUCUACAUUUGCCCACUCCAUCUAAUUUAGAGGAGGCAGACGAAAAAACUAUAUCCGCCGCAAGGACCGAUUGCGGAAAGGAGUCGAGUGUGCAUGAGGUGUGCCAGAAGGAUGUCCAUAGGUCUUUUUGUGAGACCUCUGCAAUUACAGAGGCAAAUACGUUUACUGAAAUGGCGAUGGGGACAACUCCUCCAUCUUCAACUUUGCUCUCCCUACAUCGAAGAAGCCUUCAUACAGCUGGCGUCCAGGUUUCAAAAUCGGAUGAAUCGACUUCCCAAGUAGCGACUCCAACUCACUCUAAACUUCCACACCCCUUAGAACCUCUUGAGACAUUGACCGCCGCACCUGUUAUAAUUCUGCCCGCACAAUUAUCACCGAGUUGUGAUUAUGGGAAUAAUGCUACCGAAAUGUACCCUGAAUCUUUUCCCGUGCCGAUGUUUUCUUCGAAAAAUCAGCUAGAAGGCAAAAUACUACAAGUGAGCAAUUAUGAGAUCCUCAUUACUGUGACACCUGUCAUCGAUGUUUCAGGCAUACCAGAGACCUACACCGCCACCAACAAACGCACAAUACCACCUAUGCUCCUGGAAUCCAGUUUCGCACAGGGAACUUCUACUAUUGUAAUAAAAUGGGGUGUUCAUACAAGGAGAAGGGGUUUCCUCACCUGUCUCAACCAGGGUGCGGACAGAGCAUGGAUCAACGGAGAACUUACAGAGGAAGAUAGUUGUUUUACAUCGAGUAUGCUGGCUGCUGUUUCUGCCUCAGACAUCAAUAAUGCAACAGCCAAACAAGCAGCUUCAAGAUCAUUAACCUUGCGCGUUGCGCAACAUUCGUAUGCUCAUGAUUGUGCAACGAUGACCGGCAUCAAAAUGAUAGCAAUCAGAUCCCACCAAAACGCACUGGCAAUGUCGUUUUGCCCAGGCUCCCACUCUCUUUUCUUCCAGACCUAUAAGUUCCAUGUAUUCCACGUGUCAUGUAGAACAGACAUCCGAGGCUUGAAAGCUGACUUCUUUCUAUUUGCCCAUAGUCCUAAGCCCUUUGCAGACUAUCCGGAUUUCUUUUACCUCCGUUAUUUAUUAUACAACACGAAGCUAGAACCCUGGGCUGAGCAAUUUGGAAUUAAGUUGAAAUCGUUGGCACACAUUGAAAUACAUCAUGACCAUUUUGAUACCAUGCAAGCCACACUCUUUGCAACUAAGCAUAUAAUUCUCAAUGUUGUUUCUAGCAACAAAAACAAUCGAUCAUACGAUUGGUGGCAAUCGGGGCCGUACUGUGCCGCAGGAAAACUUCCUUCAGCCUCGGCCAAUUCAGAUAGAGAAAGAUGCAGGACGAUUGCAGUGUCUAUCCCUCAAAAUGAUAGCUCACGGUCUUGGUCUACGUUUAUUAUUUGCUUUCCAAAAAUGGGCAACUCUGUGAUACAGCAUGUGCUUGACACGCACCGAAUUUUGAGGCUGACAUAUUCACUUAAAGGAGGGAAUUGCAAGCGCCUUUCUAUCGACGGUACGAACCCUGACUCCGCCCUUCUAUCCUGUUCUCCAGCAACUGCAAAGGCUGACGUCUUUUCUCUCUCCCACCCCGCAAAUCGCUUGAUGCAGCUGUGCCAAGUAAAACCUGUCGGUUCCCGCGUCACCGUUGUUACUUUCUCCUCUCGUUCUCCCCCCCCUCUCUUUUCAUUCGUAACCCAACAUAUAUCGUGCAAAUUCGAGGAGAUUCAGUCUUCACUAUCACUAUUCAGGAAUUCCGAUCGCUUCUGCAUCAGGCUAGAUCGACUUUUGUAUGUACCAGGCCUACAUAGAACAUUGGGACUUGCUCGCCCCGCUGCCUUCGAUCUGAUCUUUUCACCGCCCUUAUCAUUUCUGGGAGAAAAAUUUGAAAAUGUCGUUCGCGUGCCGUUCUUGUAA